AUGCUUUUGCAGACGGCACAAUAUGGAACUGGUCAGACUCCUAAUUAUGACAGUGGUCCAGCGCCAGAAUCCAAUCAUCCAGUUGACAAAGAACUUGGGACAGAGAACGGUGGCCAGCUGUUCCCCAUCUCCAGUGAGCAGAAAGCUUAUGUACAAAAGUACAUUGUGAAGAAUUAUUUCUACUAUUACCUAUUCAGAUUUUCAGCUGCUUUGGGUCAAGAAGUGUUCUACAUCACAUUUCUUCCGUUCACUCACUGGAAUAUUGAUCCUUAUUUAUCCAGAAGACUGGUCAUCAUAUGGGUUCUGGUGAUGUACAUUGGCCAGGUGGCCAAGGAUAUCCUGAAGUGGCCCCGCCCCUUCUCCCCUCCGGUGGUGAAACUGGAGAAGAGAGUGAUUGCUGAGUUUGGAAUGCCAUCUACCCAUGCCAUGGCGGCCACCGCCAUUUCCUUCACACUCCUCCUCUCCACGAUGGACAGAUACCAGUAUCCCUUCGCUCUGGGGCUGGUGAUGGCUGUGACGUUCUCCACAUUGGUAUCUCUCAGCAGGCUCUACACGGGGAUGCACACAGUCCUGGAUGUGCUGGGCGGCAUCCUGAUCACCGCGGUCCUCAUCGUCCUCACCUACCCCGCCUGGACCCUCAUCGACCGCCUGGACUCGUCUGAGUACUACAGCCCCACCAGGGCGGACACCACCACCAUCAUGGCCGCCGGGGCUGGGGUGACGAUCGGGUUCUGGAUCAACCAUUUUUUCCAGCUCAUGGCCGAGCCCACGGAGGCUCUGCCCGCCAUCCAGCACAUCCCCCCACUCACCGCUGGCCUGUUGGUUCUGGGUCUGACCAAAUUUAUGGUGGGGAUUGUGUUGGUCCUCCUGGUUCGUCAGGUUGUACAGAAUCUCUCGCUGCAAGUCUUAUACUCCUGGUUCAAGGUGGUCACCAGGAACAAGGAGGCCCGGCGGAGGCUGGAAAUCGAAGUGCCUUACAAGUUUGUCACCUACACGUCGGUUGGCAUCUGUGCCACCACCGUUGUGCCCAUGCUGCACAGGUUUCUGGGAUUGCUCUGAGCCUCAGGCACUUGGAGAUUAGCCCAUUGGACAAGAGCCAAGAUGUAGGAAAGCUGUUGGGUGGACAAGUCUUGAAAACACAUUUUAUUUUGAAAAAAAACCCUUUAAGUCAUAUGUCUGUUUUUCUGAUACCCAUGCUAAAUGCCAGUGCUGUGUGAAAGGGAAGCUGUCUUGUAGGAGCCUCUAGUCUGGAAGGGUCAUGCCAGACUAAACCCACUAUCAGGUUCUUUGAAGGUCCCCACCCUGUCUGCUAGCUGGGACUCUAGACCAAGUCAGGGGCUGGCAGAAAUAGUGGGCGAUUUAGGAACAACCACAGGCCCCACUGGGCUCUGGAGAGAUGGUAGGUCUGGCGACUGGAGGUGGAGCGUUCCUCCCAGUUAUGACCCGGCCCAGCAGCGAGUCUCACUUCCCAACUGGGAUCUUUGGUCCGGGAGGCACCUUGUGGAAGGGCAUUCCUUAGGGUGACUUUAUUGUCAGAAUGAUCAAAUCGGGCUGCCCGCUUGGGUGGUAAGAGCGCUGCAGACCUCACUGUGAUGCCCUGAAGGGUGGACACAGAGCUGUGAGGUCCUAGGCAAGGGCCUGCUCCCCUCACGCGUCCCCAUCUUUGUAGGCGUGAAUAUUGAGACAGGGAUCUGCUCCUCCUCGUCUGUACAUUUUGCGGGAUUCCAGGUGCCAUCACUGCACUCCUGACCCAAGGAAGCAGCUGGCUGCUCCCACCGCUCCAGGCAGGAGGGCUUAACCUUCAUUAAAGCAGGCAUAGCUGGGCUUCUCCGAGGGUCCUGCUCUCUCCUGCUUCAGAGUGACUGGGGAUGUGCACUCUGGCCAUCCGCAGCUUUUUUUGCUUCUUACAAACUUUUAUCGACAUGUAAAGGUGGACCAGUGGAGGGACAGAGAACAUACUCCUCCCAGGAGCCUGACAGGAGGGGCUCACCCUCAGGACAUUGCCUCAUCCUGACAUGGCUCCUCCAUUUCUGUUACUUUCUGUGAGUCUGUAUUUCUCAUCUACUAAAUAGAAUCAGGGCCUCCCUUUCCAUCUUCCCGCCUCUUAUCUCUUGGCAAUUUUAAGGGUAAUUAAUGCAAAAAUAACGUCAGCCUCUUUUGGGAAAACAAGCCAACCAAACACAACAGCCUUCACACCGAGGGUAUGUCCUCAGGGGACCAGGAAAGUGACCAUUACGCAAGCACCACGGGCUCUCUCGCAGGGCUCCUCUCCAUUUGUUAGGAGUAAGGAACAAGUAGCCACAAUUUUCUCAAAAAUGAGUACACCUGUAGUUAACGAAGUUUGUUUUGCGCUCCAGUGCCUGGGCCAUGGAAGCAGUGUCUUAGGAUCCCAACAAGCUUCGCUGUGCUCACUCUGUGGGGACAAUGAGCCUGUGGAAAGUUAUGCUUCGCACCUCCAAAUCCAGCAUGAAAACAGAAGCCUCCUUCGUCCCUCUCUCCAAUAGGUCCCCUGGCCUCAUUGCUAGAAUGACCUUCUGUAUUUGACUUGCUGCUCCAGUGUCCUGAGAAUAAUUUUUAGUAAAACAUCCUGUUUUUCCUUCA